GUUGUCUGCAUUUUCGAGGUAGACCUCUUUGGGGACUUUCAAUUCCCAUUAUCAAGAGAGUGGAAGGGAGGAGAUGUGUUAAAGCACAUGAAUUAGAGUUGUUAGAAAAUGAGAAAGACAUGCAUUGCUUAUCUGUGCAACAGGAAAGAGUUUGAUAGAGGUAAAGAAGCUGCAUGGUUUCGAUCCAUCACCUAAAGUAACUCCCAUCAAAUCCGAAGCCCAGAGUUACUUUAUACUUUUACCCCACAGGUUAAGUUGAAGGUUUAUCUCCCUCGGAAGUGUUAGCCAUCUCAAUGGCUUCAACUAUCACCUUUGCUUUCUUCAUUUUUGUCGUCAAAUUUUUUGAGCUUCUACAGAUUGAAGCUAAAGUUUUCAUGAUUUUAAUGGAUGAGGAACCUGUUUUCGCUUUCAAAUCCAAGUACACUAAUCCCAGGAUCGAGGAGGUUAUGGAUUACAAAGAGAGUUUGAGUAAUAGCCAUGACUUAUUUUUGGAAUCUCUUCUCCAGAAAGGCACUUAUACUAAACUCUAUAGCUACACUCAUUUGCUGAAUGGAGUUGCAGUACACGUUGAGUCAGAGGAGGUGUCUAGCAUUCUGAAGAAUGCAAGAGGAGUCAGAGCCAUCCAUGAAGAUACCAAAAUGGAGAAGCUUACAACACAUACGCCUGACUUUCUUGGGAUUCCUGCUGGUAUUUGGCCAAGUUUGGGAGGACCAGAGAGAUCUGGUGAGGGGGUAGUAAUAGGUAUGAUUGACACCGGAAUAAAUCCGUACCAUCCUAGUUUUACAAAUAUGUCAAUGGGGUCUAUAAAUAGUACCAAAUUCAGAGGGCAAUGUGCCACUGGAGAGAAUUUCCCCCUAACAGCAUGCAAUGGAAAGAUAGUAGGGGCGCAAUAUUUUGCUCGUGCAGCCAUUGCUGCUGGUGAUUUUAUCACUAGUCGUGAUUUUGCAUCCCCUUUUGAUGCUGAUGGUCAUGGAAGCCACACAGCAUCUACUGCUGCUGGAAACCACCAAAUACCAGUGAUUGCUAAUGACUUCAACUAUGGAAAUGCAAGUGGCAUGGCUCCUGGAGCAAGGAUUGCUGUGUACAAAGCACUGUAUACUUUUGGAGGUUAUAUGUCAGAUGUUGUGGCUGCUGUUGAAAAGGCAGUGGAAGAUGGUGUUGAUAUACUAAGCCUUUCCAUAGGGCCAUCUAGUGUCCCUCCUGGUCCUUCUGCUUUCCUCAAUGUGCUAGAAAUGGAGCUCUUAUUUGCUACAAAAGCUGGCAUUUUUGUUGUUCAAGCUGCUGGCAAUGGUGGCCCUUCUUCCAGUUCAGUCCUUUCUUUUAGUCCCUGGAUCACCAGUGCUGCUGCCUCCAUCACUGAUCGCAAAUAUAACAAUACAAUCAUUCUAGGCAAUGGAAAAAGCUUCUCGGGCACUGGCCUUGCCCCUCCAACAUCGGGAGAAGUUCCCUUCCUAUUAGCUGCAGCAGCUGAUGUCUCUCAUGGGAAUGUAACCAGUGUCGUAGAAGUUGAGAGCUGUCAACAUCCAGAACACUUUAUCAAGUCGUUGGUAUGGGAAAAGUUAAUCAUUUGUACAUAUACCUUCGACUUUGAAUAUGAGGAUGCGAGCAUUGCAACUGUUGAAGACACUAUACAGCAGAUAGGAGCUGCAGGCUUUAUAAUCACAAUGGAUCCUGACAUUAGUUCUGAGCAGAUCAAGGGUACCACAAUGACCAUGCGAGUUCCUGCAAUUAUCCUGAACACCAUGCAAGCUUCCUCGGCUUUAUGGGAGUAUUACAACUCUAAUACAAUCAGGAGCAGGAGUGGACAAGCAGUGGCUUUUUCUGCAACAGCAAGAAUUCUGGAUGGAAGGCAAGCAUUCUUUACUGGACAGGCACCAAUAGUAGCAUCCUAUUCCUCUAGAGGUCCUGAUGUGAACAAUGCACUUUUGCAAACUGCUGAUGUCCUCAAGCCAAAUAUAAUGGCUCCAGGAUCCUCUAUUUGGGCUGCAUGGAGCCCGGACAGUGAGGGAGAUCCUUACGUCAAAGGGCAGAACUUUGCGCUUGUGUCUGGUACUAGCAUGGCUACUCCUCAUAUAGCUGGUGUUGCAGCUUUGAUCAAGCAAAAACACCCCAAGUGGAGUCCUGCAGCUAUCACCUCAGCAAUGAUGACAACUGCAGAUACAACUGAUUGCUUUGGCUCCCCCAUUUUAGCACAGUCGUCUAACCAGCUAGCACCUGCUACCCCAUUUGAUUUUGGUGCUGGAUCCAUUAACCCAGCUAGAGCCAUUGAUCCAGGACUUAUAUUUGAUGCCCGUUUUGAGCACUUUGUCCAAUUUCUUUGUGCUGUUCCUGGUGUUGAUGAUGAAUCUGUAAGACGAGCUGUAGGAAUAGGUUGCCCUAUCAGAGGAAGGGCAUGGUGUUCAGAUUUGAACACAGCAAGCGUGACAAUUUCCAAUCUAGUUGGGUCACGAAAGGUAAUUCGACGAGUAACAAAUGUGAGUCGAAGAAAUGAAGUCUACAGAGUGACUGUGAGGGAACCACUAGGUGUAAAUGUUACUGUCAAACCACAAGUUUUCUGGGUAAGAGGUAAUGCUUCAAGGCAUUUUAGGAUUUUGUUAAAAGCAAGGAAGGCAAUGAGAACUUACACAUUUGGAGAGAUAAUAUUGUAUGGAAGUAGAAAUCAUGUUAUUAGAGUUCCGAUUGCUGUUUAUGUUAGCACCACUUUAUAGUAUUGAAUUCCUUAUAUUUACAAGCCUCUUGAAAGUUCUGGGACACAGAUCAUCUUCAGUCAUAGUUUAACAGUCCUGUAGUUCUCUCUUGCCCUCUCUUAAUUUGUGAAUUAGAGAUCUCCAGAUGUAUAAUAUCUUUGCUUUAUUUCUUCAUAA